AUGGUGUCCAUGAAAGCAUCAUUGGCUUUUCUGUGGCUUCUUCUUGCCUCUAAUAGAUUUUGUGUCCAAUCGUUUCGCCCGGAUUGGUCGAAUCACCAAACGAGACUUUCUGGAAGCUGCGUCUUCAGUGCGAAAAAUAUUGACCGUCCAAAUACGACCGACAACAAGGCCAUGGCGUUUCUUCGAAGAAUGGGUCGCGUAGGGGGCAAUCGUGAUUUUACGCACGCAAUCGGAAUCGACGAAGGUCCUUCAACCAAGUCCACCGGAAGUGGGAAAAAAAAAAAGAAAGCCGCCUUUCAGUCUUGUGCACUUACAGGUGUCAUUGAUGAUCUCUCAGAACCGUUUCCAACCACCAGUUCCGGAACACAGUGGGCUGGAUACACAGAUCAAGUAAUGGGCGGUGUAUCAACUGGGCAUCUUUGUCGGGAAGAUUUUGACGGACGAACGUCUAACGUUUUGCGUGGCAAAGUCAGUUUGCGCAAUAACGGCGGCUUUAUCCAAAUGGCGACAAAUCUGGCGCACGACGCAAAAGACUCUAGGCUCGUUGAUGCGUCCUCCUUUGACGGCAUAGAAGUAGAUGUACAGUAUCAAGGAGAACAAGAGGAAGAAACAUUCAACAUACACUUGAAAAAUGUUUGCUGCCCGCUCCCGUAUAGCUCAUACCGUGCACGGUUUUCCGUUCCGAAAGGAUCCUGGAUGACAGCUCGGGUUCCAUGGACAGACUUUCGCGGACACGGGCCGGGUGCUUCCGAUAUUCCGUUCUCUUCUAAUUCGCUGACAAGAGCCGGGAUUGUGGCUAUUGGUAAAGAAAUGGAAGUGCUGCUAGCUGUUUCUGGCCUCCGUUUCUACAGAGAAAAAAAUUAAACCCAUUGUAGAAAAAGUUUGUUUAUUUC